UUCACUUUGGAUUCCGUGUUUGGCACAUCACCAACCGUACCCAGAAGCGCCAUGGAGCCGUAUCAUCUCCGCGUCACGCUACUGCUGCUGCUGCUUCACCUGGUCCUGGUCGUGAUCGGCUGGCCCGUCAGGACUGGACGGAUCCAGAAAAAGGCCAGCAGGACCCGGCCCUGCCUGGACCUGCCGGAGGAGAUUCUGGAGCAGAUGUUCGGGCGACUCUCGGUGGAAGUGGUGAGCGCUUUUCAUCACGCGCCGCAGCUCGAGCCACACGACAAACUAAACCUCACGUGCCCGACCACGGCGAGGUCCCCAAACAGCAGCAAGAGCCGCCUCCCGAUCAACCUGCUCAGCAUCUCUCCAUGGGCUUACAGGUUGAGGCAAGCUGCAUUCCAGUGACUCACAG